AUGAUUGGACUACUAGAGGGGUCUGGUUCAAAUCGCGACACCUCGGAUGACCUGGACAGAAGGACUGGUAUAGGGAUGGAUUUUGACGGACGGGAUGAUGUCGCUCCCUCCACGCAAAGUCAGUGGUGGCCCGCUCCAAAAGUCGUAACG